CCUUCAGCGAUCAUAUCCCUAAACUCCAAUCACGUAACCGGAUCGAAAAAUGACCAAAAUACCCCCGUAUCCCGUCGAAAACCCUAGCCUCGAACCCUACGAGACCCGAAAACGAAGCCCUAGAAGAGGAAUUUCGCCCUUUUCGAUCAUCUUCUCCGUCUUUACGUACAUUUUGAUCUUUUAUGUCUUCAACGUCUCUCCUUCUUCGAUCUUCAAAGACUCCAAGAUCUUGUUCAUCAUUUCCAAUACCCUUAUCCUCAUCAUCGCUGCCGAUUAUGAAACGUUCACCGAUAACGAAAAACACGAUCUUGAUCGUGAAUAUGCGAAGGCGAAACCCUCUCCGAUGUUUGCACCCACAUACCGUGAAAACCCUAGAAUGAAAAACGGAGAAAUCGACUGCCUUGCAGAAGAAGCAACCUCGAAAGAUAUCAUUUGUAUACCGUCAUCUCACGAGGAAGUUCCCGAGAAAAUACUUACUUUUGUGAGCGAAAAUCCACCCGAGAAUGCAACCCUCGAAACCUCAAGCCAUCUGCUAGUUCAGAACGUUGACGAGGAGAAACCUUGCGACGCACGUAACAUAGUAAACCCUAAACCUAAACCUAACCGCAGGAACAAGCCGGAUAAGGUACGGACCGGACAGAAACUGAGACAUGUAAGAGAGGGAAGAUACGAUGGAAGCGGAACGGAUAGAUCGAAAUGGAUGAUUGUUCAUCGGAAAUCGGCGGCGGGAAGGAAUAUAACGACGGAUCAGAAAUGGGAAAACGUCGAGGAAGAGUCGGAAGAGUUUUCGAAAAUGUCGAACGAGGAGUUGAAUAGAAGGGUCGAAGAUUUUAUUCGACGGUUCAAUGAACAGAUGAAAUUACAAACACUUAGAAAUCGCCAAAUCUCGUCGUAAUUAAAAAUAAUAAUAAAAUAAUUUUGGUCAUCUUC